UUAAAGGCAGACGAUGAGCACUACAUCCCGCGAGCCGUGCUGCUGGACCUGGAGCCCCGAGUUAUUCACUCCAUCCUGAACUCCCCUUAUGCCAACCUUUACAACCCAGAAAACAUCUACCUGUCUGAGCACGGAGGGGGAGCUGGGAACAACUGGGCCAGUGGCUUCUCACAGGGAGAAAAAAUCCACGAAGAUAUUUUUGAUAUAAUAGACAGAGAGGCUGAUGGGAGCGACAGUUUGGAAGGGUUUGUGCUUUGCCACUCCAUUGCUGGUGGAACGGGCUCCGGCCUGGGCUCGUACCUCCUGGAGAGACUGAAUGACAGGUAUCCCAAGAAGCUGGUGGAGACCUACUCGGUUUUCCCAAACCAGGAUGAGAUGAGCGAUGUUGUAGUCCAGCCGUACAACUCUCUGCUGACACUGAAGAGGCUGACUCAGAAUGCUGACUGUGUGGUCGUUCUGGACAACACAGCCUUGAAUCGGAUCGCGACAGACCGGCUGCACAUUCAGAACCCAUCGUUCUCUCAGCUCAACCAGCAGGUCUCCACCAUCAUGUCUGCCAGCACCACCACGCUCAGGUAUCCUGGGUACAUGAACAACGACCUCAUCGGGCUGAUUGCCUCACUGAUCCCCACCCCCCGGCUGCACUUCCUUAUGACGGGGUACACUCCGCUUACCACCGACCAGUCGGUGGCCAGCGUGAGGAAAACCACAGUCCUGGAUGUGAUGAGAAGAUUGCUGCAGCCUAAAAAUGUGAUGGUGUCAACAGGGCGAGACAGGCAGACCAACCACUGCUACAUCGCCAUCCUCAACAUCAUCCAGGGGGAGGUGGAUCCUACGCAGGUUCACAAGAGUCUGCAGCGGAUCCGGGAGAGGAAACUGGCCAACUUCAUCCCCUGGGGUCCUGCCAGCAUCCAGGUGGCUUUGUCCCGCAAGUCCCCUUACCUGCCUUCCGCACACCGUGUCAGUGGCCUCAUGAUGGCAAACCAUACCAACAUCUCCUCGCUGUUUGAGCGGACGUGCCGGCAGUACGACAAGCUGCGCAAGCGAGAGGCCUUCCUGGAGCAGUUCCGCAAGGAGGACAUCUUCAAGGACAACUUCGACGAGCUGGACAACUCCCGGGAGAUUGUGCAGCAGCUGAUCGAUGAGUACCACGCAGCCACGCGUCCUGACUACAUCUCCUGGGGCACGCAGGAGCAGUGA